UCGGGCGUGCGGGGCUUUUCCGAGCUCAUACAUGGCUCCCGGGACAGCCGGGCUGGGCAGUGCCCGGCCCCAACUAGACAAGCAAUUCCUCCGACGCUUUCUAAAGAUCCAAGCAAUUUUAUUUCCUAAACUCUCUUCCCAGAAUGUGCUGAUGUUCCUUACCUUACUCGUAGUUGCACUCUUGGAGCAGCUGGUCAUUUACCAGGUGGGAGUGAUCCCCAGCCAGUAUUAUGGAGUUUUGGGUAGCAAAGACCUUUCUGGGUUCCAGAACGUGACUGCUGUUGCACUGAUUCUCAUUUUGUUGAACUCUAUGCUGAAGAGUAUUGACCAAUUCAUCUGCAACUUGAUGUAUGUGAGCUGGAGGAAGGUACUCACUGAAUAUCUCCAUGGCUACUACUUUCAGGGUCAGGUGUAUUACACCUUGAACGUGCUGCAUGAGGACAUCGAUAACCCAGACCAGCGAAUAAGUCAGGAUGUGGAGAGGUUCUGCAAACAGCUGAGCUCCAUGGCCAGUAAGGUGAUCAUUGCCCCGUUCACUCUUGUUUACUACACCUAUCAGUGCUUUCGCAGCACUGGCUGGUUGGGUCCUGUUAGUAUCUUUGGUUACUUCAUCAUUGGAACAGUCGUCAACAAGAUCCUAAUGAGCCCCAUUGUUUCAACACUGGUUCAGCAUCAGCAGGAGAAGCUGGAAGGUGAUUUGAGAUUUAAGCACAUGCAGCUGAGGGUGAAUGCUGAAUCUGCAGCUUUUUAUAGAGCUGGGGAAGUGGAGCACAUGCGAACCAACCACAAGCUACAGAAUCUCCUGCAGACCCAGAGGGAGCUGAUGGGCAAGGAGCUGUGGCUGUACAUUGGGAUCAACACUUUUGACUAUCUGGGCAGCAUCCUGAGUUAUGUGGUGAUUGCAAUUCCCAUCUUUGGUGGAGUCUACGGUGAUCUGGAUCCAGCAGAACUGAGCUCAUUGGUCAGCAAGAAUGCCUUUGUCUCCCUGUACCUGAUUGGGUGUUUUAGCCAGCUCAUUGACCUUUCCACUACUGUGUCUGACGUGGCAGGCUAUACACAUAGGAUUGGAGAACUGCAGGAGACGCUGAUGAAGCUCUCCAAGAAACAAAAUGAUUGUGAGUUGCAAGCGAAAUGGGACUUCAACAAGUGAGUUGCUAUACCUGUCAUAGCACCAAGCGACACAGCAUUCUUCCUGGAGCAGGUCUCUCUCUCUGUUCCUUCUUCUGAGAAGCUGCUUAUCAAAGACCUAAACCUGAGAGUCACACAAGGGAACAGUCUUCUGAUUACAGGGAACACGGGCACAGGGAAGACAUCUUUGCUGCGUGUCCUAGCUGGCCUCUGGGAAAGCAAGCAGGGGGAUGUCCACAUGCUAACCUGCUUUGGCCCCCAUGGGGUGGUGAUCUUGCCACAGCGGCCUUUCUUCACAGAUGGGACUCUGCGGGAACAGGUGAUUUACCCUCUGAAGGAGAUCUAUCCAGUUUCAGGAUCUGCAGAUGAUGAAAGGAUACUGAGAUUCUUGGAGCUGGCUGGGCUGUCUGAUUUGCUAGCGAGGACAGGAGGCUUGGACCAACCAGUGGACUGGAACUGGUAUGAUAUCCUGUCCCCAGGAGAGAUGCAGAGGCUGUCCUUUGCCCGUCUUUUCUAUCUCCAACCCCAAUAUGCAGUGUUGGAUGAAGCAACUAGUGCACUGACAGAGGAUGCUGAGAAUGAGCUGUACAAGAUCUGUGCUCAGCUGGGGAUGACUCUGGUUAGCGUGGGGCACCGCAGCAGUCUGGAGAAGUUCCAUAGCUGGAUACUGAGACUGUGUGGAAGAGGAAAGUGGGAACUAACAAGAAUCAAGCAAGACUGAGCCAGUCAUGGAUGGCAGGAAAUGGAAAGAAAAGUUCAGAUGGGAGAGUUGCCAAAGUGCCUUGGAAUCCACCAUGCCUUAGGGGUUGAAAGAGGUCUACCUGCAGGACGAGCAGGUGCAAAUGAGGUUUCUGUGACCUGAAGACAUCUGUUUCCUCCUGAAAGAACAGGGUGGAAGGGCAAAUUUUAAUUCUCUCGCUGCCUCGCAUGGAAAAUUUCCUCCAGCCCGUUGUUCUGUUUUAAUGUGUUUCUGCCUGAAGAUUUUACUUGAAGGGAAGAGGACUCUUCUGCUUGUAUCUCCUUUCAGUGAGAAUAACUGAAUGAUGUUGAAGAGAACUGGAUAGAAUUAUGAGGACUUGUUCCAAAGGUUCCACAGCCUGUGCAUAAACCCUUCUCAUCUGUGCCUGAGAGAGAGGGGGGGGGGCUUUGGACCACUGCUUUGCUGCCUGGACAGGAAUAUCUACAUGGCAAGGCCAGUGUCUCUACUCUGCACAGGGAUCUGUCUGCUCUUGGCAUAUGGACAAAUUCCAUGGUUACUAUAGCAACCUCUGCUUGCUCAGGAACUUCACCACUACAGCAAGAAAAGAGAGCGAGAGAGACGUAUUCUACAUUGUAAGUCCUGUACGCCUACCAGCUCUUCAUACGAUGGCAGUAGAUUUACUUAUGUUUUAUGUGGAGGGACAGAAUCUCAAUUGACAAGGCUGUAGGAACCCCCAAAGUUGUAAUAUAUACGCACACUUUCCAGCCUGGGAGAUGGGUGUGCAGUAGCAGGUUCUGUGGGUGCAGCAGAUGUGAUGCUCACCUAGAAAACAUUGAAAAUUCUCCUUUUUGAGGCAGAUGGACAUUCCUGUCCUGUGAUGGCACAGGAGCAGAGCUGCUUGAAAGUUAUAGAAUAUAGCUACAUGAUAGAGAACCUGUUGAACUUGUGCAUACUGCUGAGAGAGAAUUCUUGGUGUGUGUUCUUUCCCUUUUUGUGCUGUUUGAUUUUGUAAAAAUUGGUUUUCUGGUCCUCAUAUGAGUUAAAAUUAGAAUUAAAGCUUGAAAAUGUAUGUUGUUAUAUACAGGUUUUAAAAGUCCAGAAUCCAGGAGGGGUCAGUGUGACGCCUCUGAAGGUUAUCACAUCAGACUUCCACACAGCAUCCUGUUCUGUUUCUUCCAUUGGUACAAUUGUAGUGCCUUCCCUGUUCUCCUCUUCAUCACAUCACAUCAUACACAGCCAGUUUGAUGUAGUGGUUAGGAGCGCGGACUCUAAUCUGGGAGAACCGGGU